UUAAGGAAUAGUUGCAUUCCCAUGUAUAUAUUUCAACUGAAAGUUGGGAGUUAUGGUUACCCUUGGACAAAAGUUUUCCUGACGAUGCCUAAGCACCGCAACUAUUCCCCAUUGCGUCCAUGCGUGAAUCAUUUCAGCCACUGCCAUCCUCUGCGACCUAUCGAUCAAAUAAAAGCAGAGGAAGAACUCAUUUGCUCUGGUUGCGGCCUUGAAGUCAUAGGUUCAACUUUCAUGUGCAGCAAGUCUGACUGCGAUUUCAUUCUUCAUAAGUCAUGCUUCGAAUUGAAUUUGGUGCUGCAACACAAAUCCCACCCUCCCCACUCUCUCAAACUUCUCUGCGCCCCUCCUGACAAUUAUAGUAGGAACAUUUUCAUUUGUCAUGCUUGCCAUGACUAUGGCACUGGUUUUGACUACCAUUGCUCCACAUGCCAAUUUGAUCUCCAUGUUGGAUGUGCUAAACUGCCCAAAACCAUAAAUCAUAAAGAUCAUCAACAUUUGCUUACCCUCUACUAUUCCUUCUCGUGCAUCAAGGAGAAUAUUGAAGCCUUCGUUUGUGAUGUUUGUGGCCAGGAUGUACCAGAUCGACUCUGGGUUUACCACUGUAAAAAAUGCGAUUUUGGUAUCCACUUACGAUGUACAAUUCCUGAUACAGUCCUGAAGAAAGAUAUUCAAAUGGUCUCAACUAGACCAUAAGGAGACGUUUGCUAUGGUGUAAGUAGAGAAAUUUCCAUUUAUUUUAAUUGGGUGUAAUGUGAUUACAUGGUUUGGUUUGCAAAUUAGACAUGGGAAAGUCUUCCCAUUGUAAAGUAAUUACAAAGAUUAAAGGGAAUGUCAUUCCCUAUUAAUCUAUAUUCUAUUCA